AUGAGUUCCCUCCGAUUCCUUGACUUGGUCAAGCCGUUCGUGCCGUUCCUCCCUGAGGUUCAGCAGCCGGAGACCAAGAUUCCCUUCAACCAGAAGCUGAUGUGGACGGCCCUGACCCUCCUCAUCUUCCUGGUCAUGAGCCAGAUGCCUCUCUACGGUAUCGUCUCCUCCGACAACUCGGAUCCUCUAUACUGGCUGCGAAUGGUUAUCGCGAGUAACCGUGGUACUCUGAUGGAAUUGGGUAUUACCCCCAUCAUCUCCUCUGGCAUGGUUUUCCAGCUCCUUGCUGGCACCCACAUGAUCGACGUCAACCUUGACCUCAAGUCCGACCGCGAGCUUUACCAGACCGCCCAGAAGCUUCUUGCUUUCAUCCUCUCCGCCGGUACUGCCACUGUCUACGUCUUCUCCGGUCUCUACGGACCUCCCUCCGACCUUGGUGCCGGUAUUGUCUUCCUCCUGAUCCUCCAGCUGGUUGUUGCUGGUAUGAUUGUUAUCCUCCUUGAUGAGCUCCUCCAGAAGGGCUAUGGUCUUGGCAGCGGUAUCUCUCUGUUCAUUGCCACCAACAUCUGCGAGUCCAUCAUGUGGAAGGCUUUCUCCCCCACCACCAUCAACACUGGCCGUGGUCCCGAGUUUGAGGGUGCUGUUAUCGCCCUCUUCCACCUUCUCUUCACCUGGCCCAACAAGCAGCGAGCUCUCCAGGAGGCUUUCUACAGACAGAACCUCCCCAACAUCAUGAACCUUUUGGCCACCAUUGGUGUUUUCGCCGCUGUUAUCUACCUCCAGGGUUUCCGCGUCGAGAUCCCCGUCAAGUCUUCUCGCCAGCGUGGUGCUCGUGGUUCUUACCCCGUCCGCCUGUUCUACACCUCCAACAUGCCCAUCAUGCUGCAGUCCGCUCUCUCUUCCAACGUCUUCCUUAUCAGCCAGAUGCUCUACUCUCGCUUCUCUGAGAACCUCCUUGUCCGUCUUUUCGGUGUCUGGGAGGCUAAGGAUGGCUCUUCUCAGCUCCACGCUGCUUCCGGUCUCGUCUACUACAUGUCUCCUCCCCAGAGCAUGAAGGACGCCCUUCUCGACCCCAUCCACAUGAGCGCCUACAUCAUCUACAUGCUUGGUGCCUGCGCUCUCUUCUCUAAGACCUGGAUUGAGGUUUCCGGUUCCAGCCCCCGCGAUGUUGCCAAGCAGCUCAAGGACCAGGGUCUCGUCAUGGCCGGUCACCGUGACCAGUCCAUGUACAAGGAGCUCAAACGCAUCAUUCCUACCGCCGCUGCCUUCGGUGGUGCUUGCAUUGGUGCCCUCUCUGUCACCAGCGACCUUCUUGGUGCUCUUGGCUCCGGUACCGGUACUCUCCUUGCUGUUACAAUCAUCUACGGCUAUUUCGAAAUCGCCGCCAAGGAGGGUGACAUGUCCGGUAUGAAGGGCAUGAUCAUGGGCUAA